GAUAGAUACGAGGUGGCAAUCAGAAAUAGAUUCCAGCUCCUUUGCGAGGACAUCGAUCAAACAGGAACCUCUCGGUAUGCACGCUUUAUAGAAGCUAACAACGAAGCGGCUAAGGAGGUGCUGACUCCUCUAACAAAGAAAAGGAAGGACAUACUUUUCUCUGCAGACCCACGAGUAGCUGACGCGCGCCGGGACGUAGACGAGGCCUACAAUUCGUUUACUGCAUGUGAUAGGCGAGAUGGUGGAGCUUACAUUCACGCAAAGGAAAAGCUGUCUAGAACUUACGAUGAGAUCCUGGCAGAAAAUCUCGCUAAAAAAGUAGAGCAGGCUAAAGCAUGUUGCGCUAGUAACCAGCAUUCAGCGGGCUGGAAACUAGUCAGGGAGAUUGCCGGGGACCGUUUACCUUACCCCAUCCAAAUUGAUGGCAAAACUGUAGAUGACAGGGUCAUCUCAUGGUACUGUCACUUUAAAAAUCUGCUUGGCAACCCCCCGACAGUGCAGGAUGUAGAUGAGGAGAUUGAACCUGUCUUCCUUGAUCUUCCUAUCGAUGACGGUCCUAUUACACUUGAUGAGUAUCAUCAGGCCAAACAAUCUUUGAAAGCCGGGAAAAGCUGUGGAGAAGAUGGUGUUGUUCCCGACGUUCUAAGGUGGGUGGAUAUUGAUGACCUAGUUUUAAGCAUUACUAAUAAUAGGGCGCAUGAGAACCGUGAGAUUCCUGAGCAAUGGUUCAUCCUGAACAUAAUUCCCAUACCAAAAGCUGGCGAUCUCAAAAACAGGGACAACUACAGGAGAAUUAGCUUGAGCUCAGUGGUUGCGAAAGUUUACAACAGAAUGAUUCUGAAUAGGAUUAGAACACCUUUAGACCCUCUUUUAAGACUCAACCAGAAUGGAUUUAAAGAAGGAAAGUCAAUAACUGCACAAGUGCUUGCGUUACGACGUCUCAUUGAGGGCGCAAAAAAGAAGAACUUGCCCGCAGUCGUAACGUUUGUUGACUUCAAAAAGACCUUUGAUUCCAUUCACAGAGGCAAGCUCAUGAAAAUUCUGCUGGCAUAUGGAAUACCACCUAAAAUAGUGCAGUCAAUAAGCGAUAUGGUUGUGUCGGUUAAAGUGCGUCUAAGUCUCAGAGCACUGAAGAAGAGCGCGUCGAAGAAAGUUAGUUAUAACUGGAAGGCUCUCGAGAAUAACUUAGAACUGCAGGAUAGAUACGAGGUGGCAAUCAGAAAUAGAUUCCAGCUUCUUUGCGAGGACAUCGAUCAAACAGUGCAGGAUGUAGAUGAGGAGAUUGAACCUGUCUUCCUUGAUCUUCCUAUCGAUGACGGUCCUUUUCCACUUAAUGAGUAUCAUCAGGCCAAACAAUCUUUGAAAGCCGGGAAAAGCUGUGGAGAAGAUGGUGUUGUUCCCGACGUUCUGAGGUGGGUGGACAUUGAUGACCUAGUUUUGAGCAUUACUAAUAAUAGGGCGCAUGAGAAUCGUGAGAUUCCUGAGCAAUGGUUCAUCUCCUGA